AUGGGCGGUGAUACAAUUCCCGUCUCUCAUAGUUCUUCCGCCGAAGACCUGCCACCACUGGAAAAGGAUUUUCACCCACAAUCUCUUGAUUCAUACUCUACUCUGAGUGACGAUACUCUGAUUACCAAAGCUGAUAAGGGAUCACUUGAUGGAGGGCUUGGCUUGGUUCCCGGGGAAUUCCAGGACAUGGGUCUUAAAAAUUCUUCGAGUUCUGUUGUUUUGGAGGCCAACAGGAGGCGGAAAGAAGGCAUUUAUAUGGAGGUGUGGCAGAGUUAUGAGGAGUUACAAUGUCGGAGGGGGAGUUUGGAGGACAUGAAGAUGAAAAUUUUGAGUUAUACACCGGGUUCAUGGAUGGAAAAGAUUGCUGGUGUCAAACUGGAUGAUUUUCGUGUGCCAGAGAUAACAUCGCUCUUGUUGAUUGGCCCAAAGGGGUCUGGGAAAAGCAGUCUCAUUAAUAAAGUUUCCAGGAUGUUUGAGAACAAUAAAUUUCAACCUGAAAGAGCCCAAGUAUCAUAUAAUCCUUCUGGAGGAGAGGGAACCUAUUUCCUUCAGGAGUAUGCAAUACCCAGAGGUUCCACUUCUUUCUGUUUGUAUGAUACUCGUAGUCUGCCUGAUGAUGUAACUGAAAGCACAAAGAUGUUCAAGCGAUGGAUGACUGAAGGUGUACGGAAUGGCGAACUGGUUAAAAGGGGUUCAGACUGUUCAACUUUAAAAACUACAAUGAAAUAUAAAGCUCGCCAUUACAGUAACCUUUCUGGUAAGGUUAGGAUGGUUAACUAUGUCAUUAUGGUUGUUAAUGGGCUUUCAGUAUUGGAAUCAAUGGACAGUGCUGAUGAACGAAAGAAACUGUAUACUCAAAUGAUUGCUGCACAGUUCAACAGUCCCUUUUUGUCGUUUAGAGAUGACAAGCCAGUUGUUGUUGUUACACAUGGAGAUUUACUUGAACUUUCUGAUCGCGUCAGGGUACGUGUUUGUCUGGGAGAGCUAUUGGGUAUUCCGCCAACAACGCAGAUUUUUGACAUUGCUGGCAGCAAUGAGUCAGAAAAUGAGUUGUCGAUAGCUGAUCUUCUUUGCUAUUGCCUUGAUCGUGCUGAUAAAAAUACUCCUCUUAAAAGCCGGCGUCUGAGUAAGCUGCAUGCUGGAUACACCAGUCGUGACCCUAGUAGUGCUGUUCCAUCACAUACUGCCUUCGUAGCUGAUGCCCCGGAAGGAGGGAUGGAUGCUCCAAUCGAUUGGCAAGCAAUUCGUCAUUUAUGGCUAGGGACAGAUUAA